UCCUCUUCCUUCUCUCUUUCCUGUCGUCGCGGGAACGGGAUUGGGAUCCGUCUGAGCCGCGUAGUCCGAUUCCAAGUCCAAAUAUUUUUUCCGUAGUCCCCACUCCAAAAUUUCCGUCGUUCUUGGAUUCGGACUCAUCUCCUACUCGAAUUAGAGCUGAGCUGGGGCCUCGGUAGGUGGGUUGAGCUUCCUAUUAUAUAUACAAGUGCUGCCUGCCCCUGCUCCUGCUAGGUUGAACUAAAGCUGUGCGGUUGAUAGCUGCGGAAGCGAUUCAUCGUUCAGAAGAUCCGAUUUUGCAAUUUCUCCAAUGGGGGCGUGUAGCUUAGUGAGGAUGAUGAGCUUAUUGCAGCUAGACUUGAGAAUUUUGCGUACGCUACUGGCUCUUUCCCCCCCUCCCAGUUCACAUUGGAAAUUCAGAAAACACCCGCCAUUGAUGCUGAUGGAGACCGAGACCGUGGUGGAAAUAUUGCCGGAGCCGCCGCUGAUGGAGACCGAGACUGUGCUUGAAACACUGCUGGAGCUGCCGCUGGAUGUAUUGAUGGAUAUCUUUUCCCUCCUGGAGCUUCCUGACCUCAUUCGUGCGAGCUCUGUGUGCUCCUUCUGGCGCUCUGCUUAUAGUACUCUACAUAACCAGCUUGGGCAAUAUAAGCGGCCCCAGACACCUUGCCUCCUCUACGCCUCCGAAGCCGAUGGUGAGAACGUAGCUUCUCUCUACAGUCUUGCAGAAAAGAGGGUCUACAAGCUAACUCUUCCGGAUCCACCUAUCCGUAGUAGGCAUCUCAUUGGGUCCUCCCAUGGCUGGUUAGUUACUGCUGAUGAGAAGUCCGAGCUUCACCUUCUCAAUCCGAUCACUGGUCAACAGAUUGCCCUCCCCUUGGCGAUCACCAUCGAGCAAAUAGAGCCGAUCUUAGAUAGUGCCGGUGCAGUUAAUAAGAUUAAGAUGUGGGAUCUAGCGCCGAACGAUGAUCCGAAUGAGUUUUCUGACUGCCUCUACAUCAGGGCAUUUGUGUUUCCUGAUCCACCCACGGGAAGCUACAUUGUGGUUAUCAUCCACAGUCCAGAGCAAUAUCUUUCGUUUUCAAGGGUAGGUGAUUAUAAAUGGACCUCGCUGCCGGGCGAGAACUAUGAACAAUGCAUCCACAUGGAUGGUCUAUUGUAUGCAUUCACAGAAAACGGAGGAGUUUAUACUUUUGAUCUGACCGGUUCUACCUUCACAAGGAAUAUUAUUGCAGACGAGUUGCAGAAUUACAAGACGGAUGGGUACACGUACUUUGUUCAGGCUCCAUGGGGUGAUCUGUUGCAAGUUUGCAGAGCAUUAGAUUUCACACCCGAAGUGUUCAUAAAGACUAAGAAAGUACUAUUUUAUAAAGUUGAUGUGGCAGCAAAAGAACUUGUGGAAAUGAAUGGCUUGCAUGAUCAUGUGCUGUUUCUUGGGCGUAGUCAGUCGCAAUGCCUUAGUACCGAGGAAUAUCCACAACUGAAGCCAAAUCGUGUUUAUUUCACGGACGAUAUGACAUAUAUUUCGAAGUAUAAGAAUAAUGACCGGGAUAUAGGUAUUCUCAACUUGGAAAAUGACAAUAGGGAAGAUGUACCUAAGCUUUGGUGCAAUUGGCCAAAUCCCAUAUGGAUGACACCCAACCUCACAAGGAUUAACAUGGCUUUGGACAAAUAGUGAGUUUAUUACAAUUUUGUAGUUAGCUUCUCGGAUGCUAUUAGAAACUGUCCAAUAGAGCUUUUUGGACCAAAUUUCCAAAUUUUAUGGGCAAAUGCUAUGAAAACGGAGGCAUGUUCCGUUUAUAUGUUUUUCAUACCUGGUUUGCUAUAUUUUAAAUGGCUUUUAUUUUCUGAA